GUAGACUAUGGACGAAAUACAGACCGGCUCGCAAUGCGCUGCCAGGCACAACCGCAACUCGCCAAACGAAGCUGUGUUCAAACCAUUGGGUGUGUCCACGAUUCCGGCGGCCGGCCCCACCUCGCCCCGGCGCCGUGCACACAGAGAUCCACCGUGCUCCGAAACCCGGGCUCCCGCGAGAACUGCAAGAUGGCUCCUCACUUGUGCUCCUACUCAAUACAUGUGCCAUAUAGCAGUCUACCAGCUAGAGCUGCAUUUCUUUUUGGGCAGCACUGCUCCGAAUCCUCCUUGCUCCUGAGCCCGAUGCAAUACGACACAUCGGCCGGAUCGGCAGCAGCUCUCACCAAAUUUCCCCAGGGAUCGGCCUUCAACAACAGAGUGUACCCCGGAACAUGGUGUGCUUUUGAACACGGGGGCGUAGACACGUCCCACGACACACGGCGCAUACACGGGACUCAUAUUCACACAUGCACAGACCAGAAGAAAUAGGCACUGAUUUUGUUCAAAAGACGUGUACACACGCCUCCAUGGGGCUCAUUAAGUAUCUAUCUACUGCUACAUAUAAUUGACAAGAGACGGCGUGGCGCGCUCUGGUCAGCCGACUUCCACAUAAUCCAGCAGUCGUGCCGAGAUAGGGACUCUGUCG